GGAGAUCAACAACGCAGCAGCGCCAAAAAGAGGUCGCUUCAGACCGCGGGGGAAGGAUUUAGAUCCGAGCUCCGCCCAAAGGUCUCAGCGAGCCUCUUCCUCUUCCUCUUCCUCUUGUUGUUCUUGUGAUGGCGGCGUACCGGGCGGAGGACGACUACGACUACCUGUUCAAGGUGGUGCUCAUCGGCGACUCCGGGGUGGGCAAGUCCAACCUGCUCUCCCGCUUCACCCGCAACGAGUUCAGCCUCGAGUCCAAGUCCACCAUCGGCGUCGAGUUCGCCACCCGCAGCUUGACCGUCGACGGCAAGGUCGUCAAGGCCCAGAUCUGGGACACCGCCGGCCAGGAGAGGUACCGUGCCAUCACAAGUGCUUACUACAGGGGAGCUAUAGGUGCAUUGCUAGUCUAUGAUGUUACAAGGCAUGCUACAUUUGAAAAUGUUGAACGCUGGCUGAAGGAGUUGAGGGGCCAUACAGAUCCUAACAUAGUUGUGAUGCUUAUUGGGAACAAGUCGGAUCUCCGUCACCUUGUCGCUGUACCAACUGAAGAUGGUGAGGCUUAUGCAGAGAGGGAAUCACUCUAUUUCAUGGAGACUUCUGCACUAGAAGCAACAAAUGUGGAGAAUGCAUUUGCAGAGGUUUUGACUCAAAUUUACCGCAUCGUGAGCAAGAAGGCUGUCGAGGCAGGUGAUGAUGCAACAUCUACUGUCCCCAGUAAGGGAGAGAGAAUAAAUGUGAAAGAUGAUGUUUCUGCGCUUAAAAGAGUUGGCUGCUGCUCCAGUUAGGUAACUGUUGUGUUGCCACUGCUACUUUCUGUUCUUGAUGCCUGUUGUACUUCUUUCCAUGUAACCCUGGAUCUGUUCCUUUCUUUGAAAUUUAGACUAUUAUUUUUGUAUCACUCUAUUGUGUUGUUUUGGAAAUCAACAUGGAAUGCUUUAUCGGAUUGUUCCA